AUGGAGAUGGUUGGUGUCGAGGUUAACUAUCGCGCCAUGACCGCUGAUCUACCCAGCGCUCUUGGCACAUCGGCCGAAAAUUUGCGGAAAGCCUCGACUGAACCUGUUCGGGUCUUGGACUUACGUUCUGGAUGCAAUAAGUUUGCCCCUAUUUACGAUUUUGACUCGCUUUUCCAGGUUAUAGAAGCCAUACCACGAACUAGUUGUGACGGUUUGCUGGAAAUUUGCAAAGGCCCUGAACGGAAAGGGCGUCUUACUGCCUCCAUGUCUUAUAUUCAUCGCACUAUCAAAGAUUAUCUCGAGCAGCCAUCCAUCUAG